AUGCUGCCCCGAUUCACCGAGCCCAUUCCCAACGUGACGGUCACGGUGGGCAGGGACGCCCUCUUGGCCUGCGUCGUGGACAACCUGCGAAGCUUCAAGGUUGCCUGGGUACGAGUCGAUACCCAAACCAUCCUAUCUAUUCAUCACAACGUAAUCACGCAGAAUCCACGAAUAUCACUGUCGUACAACGAUCACCGUUCGUGGUAUCUACAUAUCAAGAAUGUCCAAGAGGUGGACAGGGGAUGGUACAUGUGUCAAGUCAACACUGAUCCCAUGAGAUCUAGGCAAGGCUACUUACAAGUUGUCGUACCGCCCAGUAUUAUCGACAAGGAAACUAGUUCGGAUAUGGUUGUGCUAGAAUCCACCAAUGUCAGUUUGACUUGUAAGGCUACAGGAUAUCCGGAACCUUAUGUGAUGUGGCGCAGAGAAGAUGGAGAUGAUAUCCGCUAUAACGGAGAACAUGUGAAUGUUGUGGAUGGCGAAAUUCUGUUUAUUACAAAAGUAAGCCGGUUACAUAUGGGUGUGUACCUGUGCAUAGCAUCAAACGGAGUACCGCCAUCUAUAAGCAAGAGAGUGGAGUUAAAAGUGCAGUUUCCCCCGAUGUUGUCUAUACCCAAUCAACUGGAGGGUGCUUACAUCGGUCAAGAUGUGGCUUUGGAGUGUCAUACCGAGGCGUUUCCUACUUCUAUCAAUUACUGGACGACCGAUCGAGGGGAUAUGAUCAUCUCAGGUGACAAGUACGAGGCAGUAUCGAUGGACAGCGGCUACAAGAAAUACAUGAUGCUGAAAAUUCGCAAAGUUAACAAAAACGACUUUGGUUCCUAUAGGUGUGUGGCAAAGAAUUCUCUUGGUGAAACCGACGGCGUUAUCAAAUUGGAAGAAAUCCCAGCGCCCACUACUAUUAAAUCGAUAAUGAGUCAGACAUCUUCAUCGUUAUUUAAAAAAGGUACGGCCCUGGACGACCGAAGAGACUACGACGCAGCCAGCUCGGAUAAGAAGUUUGAUGAAUCCAGAAUAUCAGCAGAAUACGACUACGAUGGGGAAUAUACGCUACCAUCGAAUGGCCCACCACCCAUAGGGCAGCCGCCCACAAUAAAAAAUUCGUCUAGAUCUACAUUCCAACGGCACUUUGGUAUAAUUGAUGCCAUCCUCGUACUUUACUCCAUUUGUAUGUGUUUAACACGACUACCAAUAAGGUGA